GUUGCAGCGUGCGGGCCAUGAAUAGCGGGCCCGACACCGCCGGCCGCACGCUGCAUCGUCAGACGCAUAGGGGAGGGGGAGGGAGAGACGGAGGGAGAGGGAGAGGGAGAGGGAGUCGGAGAAGAUGGAUGCCGCUCUGGGGCGUUUCAAGCCAGGCUCGCUCAACUUUCAGACGCUUACAAGCGAGCUGGUGGCUGCAUCGGAGGCAGAGUGUCAGCAGCUGGAGGAAGCGCGGCGACAGCUAGACGAGGAGGUGACGCUCAACGUGGGCGGCCUGCGCUUCACCACCAGCCUGUCCACACUGCGCAACGCGCCCAACGCCUGCCUCUUCAACGCCAUGUUCAGCCCACGUGCGUCCCGCAGCGGGCGGCACAAGCUGAGCAAGGACGAGGCGGGCUGCUACUUCAUCGACCGCGACGGCCGCCACUUCCACGAUACACUCAAUUAGUGAGCGGGGGGGGGGCGCGAGGGAGAGCCAGAGCGCGCCAGGAAGCUGUUCCUAGCUAGCGAGCUAGCUAGCGAGCUAGCUGGCUAGAUAGAGCUGAGGCGUGUGUGUGGUCAGGCGGGGUUGUCGUACGUCCUCCCU